AUGGCAUGGGGUGACGCAGGUCAAUGGGGUGAGGUCAAUGGGGUGAGGCAGGUCAAUGGGGUGAGGCAGAUCAAUGGGGUGAGGCAGGGCAAUGGGGUGAGGCAGGUCAAUGGGGUGAGGCAGAUCAAUGGGGUGAGGCAGGUCAAUGGGGUGAGGCAGGUCAAUGGGGUGAGGCAGGGCAAUGGGGUGAGGCAGGUCAAUGGGGUGAGGCAGGUCAAUGGGGUGAGGCAGGGCAAUGGGGUGAGGCAGGUCAAUGGGGUGAGGCAGGUCAAUGGGGUCAAUGGGGUGAGGCAGGUCAAUGGGGUGAGGCAGGUCAAUGGGGUGAGGAAGGUCAAUGGGGUGAGGCAGGGCAAUGGGGUGAGGCAGGUCAAUGGGGUGAGGCAGGGCAAUGGGGUCAAUGGGGUGAGGCAGAUCAAUGGGGUGACGCAGGUCAAUGGGGUGAGGCAGGUCAAUGGGGUGAGGCAGGUCAAUGGGGUCAAUGGGGUGAGGCAGGUCAAUGGGGUGAGGCAGGUCAAUGGGGUGAGGCAGGUCAAUGGGGUGAGGCAGAUCAAUGGGGUGAGGCAGGGCAAUGGGGUCAAUGGGGUGAGGCAGGUCAAUGGGGUGAGGCAGGUCAAUGGGGUGAGGCAGGUCAAUGGGGUCAAUGGGGUGAGGCAGGGCAAUGGGGUGAGGCAGGUCAAUGGGGUGAGGCAGGUCAAUGGGGUGAGGCAGGGCAAUGGGGUGAGGCAGGUCAAUGGGGUGAGGCAGGUCAAUGGGGUCAAUGGGGUGAGGCAGGUCAAUGGGGUGAGGCAGGGCAAUGGUGUGAGGCAGGUCAAUGGGGUCAAUGGGGUGAGGCAGGUCAAUGGGGUGAGGCAGAUCAAUGGGGUGAGGCAGAUCAAUGGGGUGAGGCAGGUCAAUGGGGUGAGGCAGAUCAAUGGGGUCAAUGGGGUGAGGCAGAUCAAUGGGGUGAGGCAGGUCAAUGGGGUGAGGCAGGUCAAUGGGGUGAGGCAGGUCAAUGGGGUGAGGCAGGUCAAUGGGGUGAGGCAGGUCAAUGGGGUGAGGCAGGUCAAUGGGGUGAGGCAGGUCAAUGGGGUGAGGCAGGUCAAUGGGGUGAGGCAGGUCAAUGGGGUGAGGCAGGUCAAUGGGGUGAGGCAGGUCAAUGGGGUGAGGCAGGUCAAUGGGGUGAGGCAGGUCAAUGGGGUGAGGCAGGUCAAUGGGGUGAGGCAGGUCAAUGGGGUGAGGCAGGUCAAUGGGGUGAGGCAGGUCAAUGGGGUGAGGCAGGUCAAUGGGGUCAAUGGGGUGAGGCAGAUCAAUGGGGUGACGCAGGUCAAUGGCAUGGGGUGA